UUAGCUUUGGAGGCGUACGCACACUGAGAAUCAAACACAGAAUUUAGCAGCUGUCGCUAACACUGCGAGGGGUCACAGAGGACUACGAGAACUAUGUAUACAAUGUUCAGUUGAGGGGUAGCUAGCAGUGGUUCUGGUUCGAUACUUCUGCAGGUGCUAACUACUAAUCCCUCACUAGGCUCUGUGUGAGUACAAUGCAGACCAAUAGAUUUGAAAGUCCGUGCCGUGCUCCAGGAUGCAACCCCACUCAGUCCUACACGCCAAACCCACAGGCGUCCAAUAGAAGUGCAAGAUAAAUUGUCCGGUCAACAGUCCAUUCAACACAUCCCAAACACUUUACCUUGGUGUGAGACUGGGAUCAGGGCUCUCUGACAUCUGCAAGAGGAUAAAUACACAUUGCACAAAGGAAAGGAUGCGAGAAAUCGUUUACAUUCAAGCUGGCCAGUGUGGCAACCAGAUCGGCGCAAAGUUCUGGGAGGUGAUUAGUGAGGAGCAUGGAAUCAACUGCACUGGGGACUAUGUGGGCGACUCAGACCUUCAGCUGGACAAGAUCAGUGUCUACUUCAACGAAUCCUCGUUCUCCAAGUAUGUCCCCAGAGCCAUCCUAGUGGACCUGGAGCCAGGAACAAUGGAUAGUGUGCGCUGCGGACACAUAGGACACCUCUUUAAACCGGACAAUUUCAUCUUCGGUCAGAGUGGAGCUGGUAACAACUGGGCUAAGGGCCACUACACAGAGGGAGCAGAGCUAGUGGAAGCAGUGAUGGACGUGGUGAGGAAGGAGGCAGAUAACUGUGACUGUCUCCAGGGCUUCCAGCUUACCCACUCCCUGGGCGGGGGCACAGGCUCUGGCAUGGGGACCCUACUCAUCAACAAGAUCCAGGAGGAGUACCCCGACCGUAUGAUGGCCACCUUCAGCGUGGUCCCCUCCCCUAAGGUGUCGGACACGGUGGUGGAGCCCUACAACGCCACCCUCUCUGUUCACCAGCUUCUAGAGAACACAGACGAAACUUUCUGCAUCGACAAUGAGGCGAUCUACGACAUCUGCUUCCGCAAGCUCAAGCUCCCCACACCCACCUACGGAGACCUCAACCACUUGGUGUCGGUCACCAUGAGCGGGGUGACCACAUGCCUUCGCUUCCCAGGCCAGCUCAACGCAGACCUCCGCAAGCUGGCCGUCAACAUGGUACCCUUCCCCCGCCUGCACUUCUUCAUACUGGGCUUCACCCCACUCACUAACAGGGGGGGCCUGCAGUACCGUGCCCUCACCGUGCCUGAACUCACCCAGCAGGCGUUCGACGCCAAGAACAUGAUGGCAGCCUGCGACCCGCGUAACGGGCGCUACCUCACUGCGGCGAUGGUGUUCCGGGGUCACAUGUCUAUGAGGGAGGUGGACGAGCAGAUGCUGGCCAUUCAGAACAAGAACAGCAGCUACUUUGUGGACUGGAUCCCCAACAACAUUAAGACAGCGGUCUGUAAUAUCCCACCCCCUGGACUCAAGCUGUCCGCCACCUUCAUAGGUAACAAUACAGCCAUCCAGGAGCUGUUCAAGCGUCUCUCUGAGCAGUUCACCGCUAUGUUCCGUCGCAAGGCCUUCCUGCACUGGUACACGGGAGAGGGAAUGGACGAGAUGGAGUUCACCGAGGCCGAGAGCAACAUGAAUGACCUGGUGUCUGAGUACCAGCAGUACCAGGACGCCACCACUGAGGAGGAGGUGUUUGAGGAUGAAGAGGAAGAAAAAGGAAUAGCCUGAGAUCCAGAACAAAAAUGUAACUUUCUUAAACCAUCAAAUAAUGGGCCGUACCAACAUCAACAAAAUCGUAAUGAUGGUGCAAAUGCAUCCAAUUACAUUUUCACAUGACAUUUUUCAUGAUUUUUUGUUGUUGCUUUGUCUGAGUGUCUAUAGCAGUUAGCCCAAGCAGGGUCCCAAAAUGCCUUGCCGUCUCAGAAAUGGAUAGUGACUUUAAGUAGCACUUAUUUAUAUAACCCAUAUUGAAGCCACUUUGUAAUGAACUUCUUCUCCUGAAUGCAUUAUG